CAAGUAUUCACUGAUUUUGAUGGCACUUUGUCCUUGGAUGACACGGGUCUAUUGUUGAUUGAUGAUCAUCGUUCAAUGGGUCCUGAACGUAGACGCGUAUUAGAACACGAAAUUAUGGAUGGUGUCAAAUCUUACAAGGAUGCACUUCAAGAAAUGUGGAAUUCAGUCCAUAUCUCUUGGGAUGAAGCAUGGUCUGAAUACUUAAACCACUGUCGUGUUGAUCCCGGGUUUCCUUCUUUUUAUGAUUAUUGUCGAGAAAACAAGUUUCCUGUGACAGUGGUCAGCAGUGGUCUAUCUCCUCUGGUUGAAAAGAUCAUGACUGACUUUUUAGGUGAUAAAGCAAAAGACAUUGAAGUCAUUGCUAAUGGAGGUCGCAUUGAAGACAGAAACUGGCAUAUUAUCUGGAGAGACGAUAGUAUUUAUGGCAAUGACAAGUCUAAAACACUUGCCAAGGCCCGUGAAACAGCAGAACAAGAUACCAUCUUUGUGUUUUGUGGUGAUGGCGUAUCUGACAUUUCUGCUGCUAAACAUGCCGAUGUCUUGUUUGCUCGUAAAGGUCGUGAUUUAGAAUUCUAUUGUAGACGAGAAGAUAUUCCUUUUAUUCCUUUUGAUACAUUUAAAGAUGUAGAAGACGUAGUUAGAAAGCUUGUUGAUGGUAAAGCCAGAAUAGAGAAAUCAACCAGUGGUUUCUGUCAAGUAGUGGACAAUUAAAGAACUAUUUUAUUAUUAUUGUUCAUU